AGUUUCACAGAGUCGCGCAACGAAGGCAGUUCAGAAAAAUUUGCAGUCGAAUUUCUUACACUGUGCACAGCCUCAGUUAUAGUCAUAGCCUGAGCCAAUUGACUUCCUUGGUGUGAAUCGUGGAGGAGCAAUUUUUGUGUGUAUAACGGCAAUCAACACAUUUGCACAAUGAGACAUAAUUGCAAAAGGUUUUUGGUAGCAACGAUCUUUACAUGGUCAGCUUUGCUGUCCAAUUUAGCUUGUGGUACUACAGAAGGGCAGGAAACUCCACUAGCCCUGCCCGUAGCUGAGUUGACACAACCAACAACAGCUAUACAGGGUGAAGUUUGGGAGGAAGAUGAUCACGAGGUCUUAAUACGCAAUGAGCGCGGGACAAAAAGCGACGGUCUUUCAUGUCGUUAUGGAAAAAACCCAUGGACUGAAUGCGAUAUUAAGACUAACACACGUUCCCGAACUUUGACAUUGAAAAAGGGUGAUCCGGCCUGUGAUCAAACUCGCACUAUUCAGAAAAAAUGCAAAAAAGCCUGUAGAUAUGAGAAAGGUUCUUGGUCUGAAUGCACCACAGGACAAAUGACCCGAGCUGAUAAAUUAAAGGCGACCAGCGAUCCUUCAUGCGAAGCUACCCGCAUAAUUAAGAAGAACUGCAAGCCAGGCAAGUCCAAGGAUAAGAGUGCCAAGGAGCAGCGUAAGAAUAAGGACAAAGCUGCUCGCAAAGGACGUGCUUAAAUAAUCUGUCAGAAAUCGCAUUGAUUUUUUAAAUUCACAUGUUACUUUUUAUUCCUGAUACUCGUUUUACAAAAAUAUAUGAAACCCAAAAUAACAACGUUACAGAUAAACCCAAAUAAUGUAUAAUCGUAAAGUUCUAUUUGAAUACACCUAUUACAAAAUUGUAGUUUUGUUUUGAAACAAACCGAAACCGAGUAAAUUAAAACCUAUAAAUAAACAAAUUGUAUGCAGAAUUUGUAUGAAUAAUACGUAGAGCCAUACCAAAAAUUUAGUUUAUCCAUUAAAAAUAAAAACCAUUAUUCUCCAAAUUGAUAAAACUAGUUUGACUGAUCCGGCAGAUAUGAAGCUCGAUACCACGGAAAACUGUCUUACAAUUUUCAUAAUGCAUUAGCCAAGUAAUUAUAAAAACAACUUUAUAUUAACGUGAAUAAAAACCCUUUUUAUUAAACUAAAGUUAUUCGAAUUAAUGUAAAAUGUUCGUCUAAAAAUAUCAGCUUCUGUAUUUGAUCUCAAUAUAAACUGAGAAUAGACGAACAACCAGUGGAAAAUAUGAUUGACAUAAGUAAUAAAUAAUAAAACAAAAUUUAGAGGUACAGUAAAUACAACAUUUAAAGAAAACACUUAGUGUAAAUAUUGUAAAAAGUGAUACAAUAGUAUUGCGACGUAACAAAGAGACGAUGACCGAUGGUUGACUAUGUCUAGGCACUAUGCCAAAAACGAUUGGUAUUUUAAAAACGUUCAUAAUACCCUAUUAACUAAAUCCGAUAUGAUUAUUGGUAAUUAUUAUUCUUCUUAAAUAGAAACACCCCAGAAUCAUACAGGCACUCGCGGUCAUUGAAACAAAAAAAAAAUAAAAAAUAAUAAAAAUGCAAAUACAGUGAAAUGUUGUAUACAACGUAGUAAUCUUUUCUGCAAGUACAUUAUCAGUUGUAGCUGAUAAUAAUAAUAAUAAUAAUAAUAAACCUAAAGGUAAUAAUGAUAAUAAUAAUAAAUUUUUAAUAAACCCUCAAAUUGAAUUUCUUAAGAGUUGUUUAUGACUAAAUGUACUUAACGAAUAAUCAAUCAUAAUUAUUAUUAUACAAACAUAAACUGAACGAUCCCUUGGAUCUUACAUGUGUGGGUACAUACGUAUGUAUGUACAUGUAUGGCUACUGCACAUAUGUA